GUGGUGGCGUGGAAUAGAUGCUCAGUCUUCCCACGGCCAGGGGGCGCUGUAUGGUGGUUGUGUGCUAACGGCUGUAACUGAACAGUGUCUGCACCUCACUGAGCACCGGUUAUUAUGGAUAUGCCGCCUAUACAUAGGUGCUUGCAACUUUUUGCUGAAAACGAGCACAUACAAAGGAAGUUGAAGAAACUUCGGCUGAAAAAUGAACAAUUGGAAAGUGAGCUCUCAGAAGUCCAGGGAAAGCUGAAAAUACAACAGCUGAUGAGGGACUUUGUAACUACCAGAGAUGCUCAAAUACAGACAGAACCACAACCAUGGCACAAAGGAGGUGUUAAAGAAGGCAGUGUUUCAAAGGCAGAUGAAAGGAGCAAUCGACUGCUACAGAUGUAUAAUGCUCUACAAAAACGUUAUGAAAAAGAAAUUAAAGCCAACAAGGAGCAGAGUGAAAUCAUCUCUAAUCUCACUAUGAACAUUCAUGAGUUAGAAUUACAGCUUGUAAGGUCAAAACAAAGGAUUCAGCAGCUGGAGCAUACUCCCACAGUGAGGAGGCGAAGAACUCCAACACCAGAGCAUGGCACCACGUCUCUCAAACACAAGCCUGGUGGUAGGAAAUGCUGCUCACCUGACAGUAUCCAUGCUGAGUUGUUGUUGGAGAUAGAAAGACUGCAAAAGGACAAGAAAAAGCUGAUAAAAGAGAAAGGGAAUCUGAAAAACGAGCUAGCUGGAUUAGACAAGGGUUUCUUUGAAGAAAUUGAAGAUUUAAAAUAUGCUCUGCAAGAAUCUGCUAAACUGAAUAAAGAGUAUGAAAAAUGUCUACGGACAAUGUGUGAAAAAUGUGGCCUUCCAUUUCCAGAAACAUUAUGUCCAGUAGCCACGAAAUGAGAAAAGUAAUGAACGAGGCCAACGCUUUUUUCUUACGUGCAAACAUAUUUAGAAUGUGUCAUUUUUUUAAAAGCAAGUACCCGGAGUUGCUGUUCACUUGCACUGUUUCGUUUUUGGUGCAGUUCACUCAACAGAUGCAUAACCAGUACAAAAGAUCAUGAAAUGCUAGGUAUGAGCUGUGAUCAGAAGCCAGUCCUGUUAAGAAAUCUAACCGUGUCCUUGACGAGUUAAUUACUAGUGGGAAUUUCUGCAAAUUCACUAGUUUAUGAACAUGUGAUGAGACUCCAGAAUCUAAGAUGGAAUUUUUAUGCACAAGCAUUAUAAAUAAGCAUAUUUUACAACUUUUAGAAUUUUGAAAAAUAUUACCAAGGAACUAACUGCAUCCAAUCUAACAAGAUUAUAAUUUUUUUUAAACAUCCAUUUCUUAUUUUAAGAUUGGUCUAUAGAUAGUGAUGAGUAAUUUUUUAAAAAGUAAUUUAUUCAUGUAAUUUGUUAAAUUCUACCUUAAGAUUUUUCUUGUUUCAGCUGAACUAAUCAAACUAUACCAACCUAUCAUUCUUAAAUGCAUUAAGGGAUAUUUAAUCAUUUAAAACCCUACCCAAUGCACUGCUUGGUUCGUGGUAGGUUUCGGAUUCAGCAAUACUGAAAUUAAUUUGAGAAGAAACUGGGCACGAUUUACCCUAGAAUUAACAUUUGCAUCUAAAUUGGAGACCAUUCUAUUGCAUUUAAAGAGCACACCAUAUAGUUAUUUUGGGUUUGUUAUGUAAUAUAGUGACGGAGAAACAACUUACACCAAUGGAAAUCUACUUGUUUAAGCUGGGCUGUAAGUGAGCAUCAAGCAAAAACAAAAUCUUUUUUCCAUAUUGGAGGGAUGAAAUAUUAAUUGGACUGUUCACCAUGUUAUGGCUGGGUUCUUCCUUGAAACAUUUUCGAAGACCCUGUGACCAAUUACUUUUCCACUCUCUUGCAGGGAAAUAUGUGCAGGAUCCAAGCUGAGUCUGUUCUUUAGAAAACGGCAUGACUCACUUAGCCACAAAGAGUCAGUAGGAUCUAUGGUAAAAUGGCCAAAAUUGCAGCAGUCUCUUGAUAAAUGGACUAUUCCAGCUGCAAAAUUCAGAGAGUGGAGGAUAGUUACAUAAUACAAACGUUUUGUAAUCCCAGUCAUGUAUGCAGGACAGGCUGCAAGAGUGAUUGAGUAUAGAAUUACCUAUGUGAUAUCCCUAUAUUCAGUCUGAAGAAAAUGUUCAAAAAAUUUUAUUUUUUUAAUAAAACCGUUAAGCAAUUA